GUAGUUAGCCAGUGAGGGACAGUCGUUUCUUUUUUUUUCUUCCCCCACAUGAAACCUCUUUCGAAAGCUGCUCUACUGGUUACGCUUAAACCCCGGAAACACAGAGAGGAUGGAGAGAGACUCUGCUCCGCAAAUUUAAAUAGUUUAUCGUUCAGAUAAAUAUCAGAAACAGAAUCUGUCAAGUCGCUACAGCAUAUAUUCAUCAGCCAAGAUGUCUGCGUCAGCUAUUUUUAUUCUGGACCUGAAAGGCAAGGUGCUGAUAUGUCGGAAUUACAUGGGGAAUAUGAAUAUGGGUGAGAUUGAUCACUUCAUGCCCAUUCUAAUGAAGAUGGAGGAGGAAUCUGAACUCUGUCCUGUGCUGAACCAUGGAUCGACCCAUUUCCUCUGGAUUAAACACAGCAACCUCUACUUGGUUGCAAUGACUAAGAAGAACUCCAAUGCAGCCCUUGUGUAUUCAUUUCUGUACAAAAUAGUUGAGGUUUUCACGGAGUAUUUCAAGGUACUGGAGGAGGAGAGCAUCCGGGACAACUUUGUGACUGUGUAUGAACUCAUGGAUGAGGUGAUGGACUUUGGCUUCCCCCAGACCACAGAAAGCAAGAUCUUGCAGGAGUACAUCACCCAGCAGGGACACAAGCUGGAGGUUGGGGCUCCACGGCCCCCGGCCACAGUCACGAACGCCGUGUCCUGGAGGUCAGAGGGCAUCAAGUACCGCAAGAAUGAAGUCUUUAUGGAUGUCAUUGAAUCUGUCAACUUGCUGGUCAGCGCCUCGGGCAGUGUCCUUCUCAGCGAGAUCGUAGGCUGCAUCAAGCUCAAAGUCGUCCUGUCUGGCAUGCCCGAGCUUCGCCUGGGCCUCAACGACAAAGUGCUGUUCGAGAUCACGGGCAGGGAGAAGAGCAAAGCAGUGGAGCUUGAGGAUGUGAAGUUUCACCAGUGUGUCCGUCUCUCGCGCUUCGAGAAUGACCGCACCAUCUCGUUCAUCCCGCCUGAUGGCGAAUCAGAGCUUAUGUCCUACCGUCUUAACACCACGGUGAAGCCUCUCAUUUGGACCGAGAGCGUGAUCGAGAAGUUCUCCCACAGUCGAGUGGAGAUCAAGGUGAAGGCACGCAGUCAGUUCAAGAGUCGAUCCACGGCCAACAACGUGGUCAUCCUGGUGCCGGUGCCCAGUGACGCCGAUUCGCCCAAAUUCAAAACCAGCACGGGCCAGGCCAAGUGGGUCCCGGAGAAGAACGCUCUGGAGUGGACCAUCAAAUCCUUCCCUGGGGGGAAGGAGUACAUGAUGAGAGCUCAUUUUGGACUGCCUAGUGUGGACAGUGGUGAACUGGAGGCAAAGCGACCAGUCACAGUCAAGUUUGAGAUCCCUUAUUUCACCGUCUCUGGAAUCCAGGUUCGCUAUCUGAAGAUUAUUGAGAAGAGUGGUUACCAGGCUCUGCCAUGGGUGCGUUACAUCACACAAAGUGGAGAUUACCAGUUGCGGACAAAUUAGGAAGGACCCAAACACACCAGUGGAUCGUUACUGCCUUGGAUCUCUUUUUUUCUGGACAUUCCAAUACGCCGACAGGAGAGGACCAAGACGGAAUAAGUAAAUCAAAUGACUUGAAUUAAGCAAAAAACACCAGCUUUUAUCCCUUCCAGAUGCAGAACACUGCCUCUGUGAGUGGUCCUCCCACCUGCAGAGACUCUUUUAUCUUUUUUACCUUUUAAAAGUGACUCUGGACUCAGCAGUGAGGACUCCUAACCUCUUCCGUUUUUAUUUUAUGAUUGGACUUUACUGUCUAUUACAGUCUGUGUGUUUUAAUGUAAGUAGUGUAAUAUCUGCAGGAUCGUUGAGGACGGGAAUGCUUAUCCCAUCCGAUCAGGUGUCUUUGGUUGAUGGAGUGCGUCUGAUCUGAGGUUACCCUGUAUGGUUUUAUUACUUUGAGGGCUGUAAGCAUUAUAUCCCAAGCCCAUGAAAUGAACACCAAGAGCACAAGAUCAAUGAUUAAUAAGGCUUGGCUUUGCCAAAGCAAUGCUGUAACUCUAUAUCCAAACUAGAGACUUUGUAUCACCAGCUGAAUAAGACCAGAGAUCUGAACUAUGCAGUCACUUUCCUUACUUUCUCAUGUCAAUUGUAAACAGAGCACGGCUCAAGACAGACAAAAACUACACUCUGACUUCAACCCAAAGUCAGUAUUUGAAAAGGUUCCAAGAUGAAAUGCCGUAGCCAGAAAUGACUUGCACUUCCAAUGACGAUGCUAAUUUGAGUCAUAACGAUGCCAAUGAACAUUCUCCUUUUCAGAAAACUGGCAGAAUUGAGAGACUCUCUCCCAGGGAUAUUAAUGCUGUGCUUCCUAAGUUCUGACACCCCCUCACACAUUCAGUUUUUUUCCGGCCAUCUUGGCAGGUGCGGCCAAAGGGAAGAUGCUUUCAUAAUGCUGCCCCCUUCAGUAUGCAUCACACUCUAUGCCUUAUCAGUGAUGGUCCCUGCCUGGUGGAAUACUGUAGGCUUUACUGCAGAGGCAGCAGAAUUCAUUAUUUGUUGUUGGUAUGAAGACUAAACUUUUUUGGAUGACUUAUGCUGCACACAGCGCAGUGUGAUAACCUCCUAAUAUUUAUUCCACACUGUCGCACAAUAUUAGAUGUGCUUUUUACAUGUUUAUUUAAUAAAGAUGUUAUACAUUUAUGGGGCAUUCAAAGGGUCAUUUUGAGAAAAAUAAAUAAAUGAAUUCAUUUUAUCAGCAUGUUUGAAA